AUGUUUCAGACACUUGGUUUGUUCUGUUUGUGUAGUUGGCAAUGUUCUCCAGGUGUGUUUGGUGAGUCAGUGUCAGUGAUGGAGGGAGAUACUGUCACUCUAAACACUGAUGUUACUGAAAUACAUGAAGAUGACAACAUACUGUGGAAUUUUGUACCUGUAAAGUCUCUGAUAGCUGAAAUCAGUAGAGAUGUUGGAAUCUUCUACACAUCUGAUGGUCCUGAUGAGAGAUUCAGAAACAGACUGAAGCUGGACGAUCAAACUGGAUCUCUGACCAUCACAAACAUCACAACUCAACAUGCUGGAGACUAUGAAAUAAAGAUAAGUGGAGCAAAACUGACAUCAAAAACAUUCAAUGUUUCUGUCUAUGCUCAUCUGCCCACUCCUGACAUUAUCAGAGACUGUUCAUCAUCUUCAUCAUAUUGUUCAUUGUUGUGUUCAGUGGUGAAUGUGGGUCAUGUGACUCUCUCCUGGUACAAAGGAAACAGUUUAUUGUCCAGCAUCAGUGUGUCUGAUCUCAGCAUCAGUCUCUCUCUACCUCUGGAGGUGGAAUAUCAGGAUAACAACACCUACAGCUGUGUGCUCAACAAUCCCAUCAGCAACCAGACCACACAUCUCAACAUCACUCAACUCUGUCACACUUGUUCAGAUCAGGGUGUACCUUUAUUUUACAUAGUGCUGAUUUCUGCUGCCGCUGGGUUGGUUUUAGCUACAGUCGUGAUGUGCUGCAUCUGCUGGAAAUGUAGAAAAACAGUCCGGACACAAGAGGAUGAAAGAACUGAAUCAGCAUUGUUUAAACCAACAACACGAAAAAGAAAAUCAAAGGAGGGGCCUGUGUAUGAAAAUAUUCCUAAAAAAUUAUGA